GCAACGCAGUUAGUAGGAGCAACACAAGGCUCAUCUUUUUCCUCACGCCUCGCUUGAUAAAUUGGACAAAAUCAUUGCCAAUGGCCGAGGAAUUCCUCUCCGCCUCUCUCUCUCCCUGUCCCUCUUCCUCUGGAAUCCCCGUGCUGACGUCCUCUGCUGACGGCCCCCUUACCGGCUUCCCUCAACUGGACGCCCACCGAUUCGAUUCACCGAACUCUCCACAGGUGUCGCCGGUUCUCGCCUCGACGUUGCUCGGCUUCUCUCCAGACGCUGGGGACACUUGGCCCACGAAUACUGCCGCAAGGCUGGAUUUUUGGCUAUUUCCGUUUGAAAUUUCGGUUUUUAUUUUGCCUGUGGGAUCGUGCGUUCUGUGUCAGGUUCCACUGGUCAUGUUGUAGUGGAGUUUAUGAACGCGGAGCUCUUUGGAUUUCGUUUCUACGUUGGCCGAGCUAGCAUAGCAUAUCGCUUUUCGGCUAAACUGGGAGUUUGGACUUCGCGUAAGUAUCAGGAAAUUGCACAUUGUUAAGGGAUCAGUGGUGCUUGAUGGCGUCCAGUUCUGGAAAUGAUGAGACGAACAAGGGGAGCAUGUGGGAAUUGGAUCGGAAUCUUGAUCAACCUAUGGACGAAGAAGCUGGCAGACUUAGAAACAUGUACAGAGAAAAGAAAUUUUCAGCCUUAUUGGUCUCCAGACUUGCAUUUCAGAGUCUUGGUAUUGUAUUUGGAGAUUUGGGAACCUCACCACUCUAUGUGUUCUAUAAUACCUUUCCUCAUGGCAUUAAUGAUCCAGAAGACGUUAUUGGAGCUCUUUCCUUGAUCAUCUACUCGCUCACACUAAUUCCCCUUCUUAAAUAUGUUUGCAUUGUGCUUAGAGCAAACGAUAACGGUCAAGGUGGUACCUUUGCUCUUUAUUCGCUGCUUUGCCGACAUGCAAAGGUGAAUACUAUUCCUAACCAACAUAGAACUGAUGAACAACUUACAACUUACAGUCGUCAUACAUUUGAUGAGAAUUCACUAGCUGCAAAAGUGAAGAGAUGGUUGGAGUCACAUACUUUUAAAAAGAAUGCUCUGCUCAUUCUUGUUCUUGUUGGCACUUGUAUGGCGAUCGGUGAUGGGAUUCUCACUCCGGUCAUCUCAGUUCUUUCUGCGUCAGGUGGCAUAAAGGUUAACCAUCCAAAGAUGAGCGAUGAUGUUGUUGUGCUUGUUGCGGUGGUCAUAUUAGUUGGUCUGUUUAGCAUGCAACACUAUGGCACUGAUAAAGUUGGGUGGCUUUUUGCUCCUGUUGUGCUCAUCUGGUUUCUGUCGAUCGGAGCCAUUGGCAUUCUGAAUAUAUGGAAAUACGACAGCUCGGUUCUGAAGGCUUUCAAUCCAGUUUACAUCUGCAGAUACUUUAUACGAGGGAAACGUGAUAGUUGGAUUUCACUAGGAGGAAUUCUGCUCAGUAUAACAGGAACAGAAGCAUUAUUUGCUGACUUGUGUCACUUCCAUGUAUUAGCUGUUCAGAUCGCUUUCACUGUAAUUGUGUUCCCUUGUCUUCUAUUGGCAUACUCUGGGCAAGCUGCAUAUCUUAUUCAUAACAGAGACCAUUUUCAUGAUGCUUUCUACAGAUCCAUUCCAGAUGGAAUACACUGGCCUAUGUUUAUCAUAGCUACAGCAGCAGCAAUUGUUGCUAGUCAAGCCACCAUCUCUGCAACAUUUUCUAACAUCAAGCAAGCUCUUGCGCUCGGUUGCUUUCCCCGGGUCAAGAUCGUGCACACAUCGAAGAAGUUUCUCGGUCAAAUAUACAUCCCAGACAUCAACUGGAUUCUUAUGAUUCUCUGCAUAGCUGUUACUGCUGGAUUCAAAAAUCAAAGUCAGAUUGGAAAUGCAUACGGAACCGCAGUUGUGAUAGUUAUGGUCGUGACAACAUUGCUCAUGAUCCCAAUCAUGCUGCUGGUCUGGCGAAGCCAUUGGCUCCUGGUCUUCAUUUUCACUGCUCUAUCUCUGUCCGUGGAGCUUCCUUAUCUAACUGCUGUGCUUUUCAAGAUAAAUCAAGGAGGCUGGGUGCCUCUUGUCAUCGCUGCCACAACUCUCGUGGUGAUGUACGUUUGGCACUACGGCACAGUGAAGCGAUACGAAUUCGAGCUGCACAGUAAGGUGUCCAUGGCGUGGAUACUCGGCUUAGGUCCAAGUCUCGGUCUAGUCCGUGUUCCUGGAAUGGGGUUCGUGUACACCGAGCUGGCCAGUGGCGUCCCGCACAUCUUCUCCCAUUUCAUCACUCACCUCCCUGCCAUCCACUCGGUGGUGGUUUUCGUCUGCGUCAAGUACCUCCCAGUCUACACCGUGCCAGUGGAAGAACGCUUCCUUGUCAGAAGGAUAGGGCCUAAAAAUUUCCAUAUGUUCCGCUGCAUUGCAAGAUACGGGUACAAAGAUCUUCAUAAGAAGGACGAUGACUUUGAAAAGAUGCUGUUCGACAGCCUCUCUCUCUUUGUUCGUUUAGAGAGCAUGAUGGAAGGGUAUUCAGAUUCAGAGGAGUGCAGCUUACCAGCACAGCGGAUGGAAAAAUCCACAGACGAUUCAGCCGUGGAUCUCAGUUAUGCAUCUUCUUCUGAUCUUAUCCAGCCUGCUCCAUCUCAGGGAUCGACUAGUCUGGCGAGUGCGACGGCCGGCGAUGAGUUGGAGUUCCUGAACAGGUGCAAGGAAGCAGGGGUGGUGCACAUUCUCGGGAACACCAUCGUGAGAGCCCGUCGAGAAUCCACCGUCGUAAAGAAGAUUGCUGUGGAUUACAUAUAUGCUUUUCUUCGGAGGAUCUGCAGGGAGAACAGUGUGAUCUUCAACGUCCCUCAUGAAAGCCUACUGAACGUUGGGCAGAUCUUUUACAUUUAGUCUGCUUGUGCGAAUACAGUUCUUCAUCUGGUAAUUUUAUGAACGGCAAUUCGAAGAGGGAUGUCAGCGGAUCAGAGUUUUUGCUAUGUGUUUUGAAUUCUAGUUUUUCCUUUUUCCAAUACGAGGUGAGUUUUGCCUGUAGCAGCAUUGUCUGUAAAAGUCACGAAUGUUGUAAAUUAGACUUCUUAAAAGCCGAGUUUGCCGAACAGAAUAUUACGUUAGAUUAGGGGUGUAAUCUAGCAAUGUUGUUGAGUCAAACUUUUGAGUAUUUGAGUUUGACUCAUUUAUAAUUAAGUCGCUUGAUUUUUAUUUAA